AUGAGUGGACCGAAGCCUCGAACCGAACCGCCGAUCGCUGACAACGUUCCAAACACCAGUCACAGCUCGUCGACUGUACGUGAUCGCAAGCCGACCGGAGGAGUUCUGAAAAGACUGAGAUCUCGCCGCAGUCAGGUAGAUAGCAGGCCGGUAACGGAAGACGAACUACGGACGCAGAGGAGACAUAUCACCCCUGAGGAUGUCCUAGGGCUACGAGUUGCCACCCAUGAUUACCUGUGUGAGCCCGAGGACAACAUCUAUAACAUUGACUUUAUCCGCUUCAAGAUACGAGACCUGGAGAGUGGCACGGUGCUGUUUGAAAUCGCUAAACCUCCUAGUACAGAGGAAGAGUGUGAUGAGAGUGGAGCUGCUGACCCCAGCGCUGGACGCUUUGUGCGUUACCAGUUCACACCUUCCUUCUUACGGCUCAGAACAGUGGGAGCAACUGUGGAGUUCACUGUGGGUCCGCGGCCUCUGAACAGUUUCCGAAUGAUCGAGAGACACUAUUUUAAAGAUCACCUGCUGAAAAGCUUUGAUUUUGACUUUGGCUUCUGCAUCCCCAACAGCAGAAACACAUGUGAACACAUCUAUGAGUUCCCACAGCUAUCAGACAGCAUAAUUCGUCAGAUGAUAGAUCAUCCUUAUGAAACACGCUCUGACAGUUUCUACUUCGUGGAAAACCGAUUAGUCAUGCACAACAAGGCAGACUACGCGUACAACGGAGGACAGUGA